UUAUAUUUUUACUAACCUCUCUGGUCAGCUUAUGGGAAAAUUUUGUGGCUUGAUAAAGAUUAUUUGUAAGUAAUAGGGUUGAUAAAUAGUGAAACAAGUAAUAUUAGGGUUUUUUUGUUUAAAGAAAAUUAAGUCUAAUCACAAGAAUAAAUCAUCUUUAAAGUCACCCUUUCAUCUUGUGCUAUGAUAUUUUUGUCAUGAUUUAUCAACAGAUGAAGAACAUAGCCAUAGUUAGAUUAGGUUUCGCUAAUUAGGUAUAUAAUCAGAAGACAAAUUAACUUGGGAAUUACUCCUCCUGUUUCACAUUAAAUUAUCUAACCACAGUUAAUCAGAGAGAGAGAAAAAUUGGCCUCAAAGAAAUGAAAAUAUACUAGAUCACAAGGUUAAUUAUAUAUAUAUAUAUAGCACAUUUAAACUUUGAUUAGAGAAUGAAAACUCCAAAAUUUCUUUUAAUUGACUAGAAGUACAAGAUUCUAGAUAACUGUAGAAGCUAUAGGAGUAAUUCAUUAUGACGAAGAAAAUAUAUGUGGCUAAAUGUAUAAGAUUCUCUACUAAUAUAUAGAAUAUAAAGUAAUUGCAUUAUGAAGAAGAUGGUGUGGUGGUUACACAACCAAUUAGAUUAAAAGCCUAUAAAUAUGUUAUACUUGUAUAAUGGGGUAACCUUUGGGAAGUUUGAGUAUUCUUUUGGUAAAUUUAUAUAUAUAUUGUUGGAAUGCUUAUGUUUUAUGAAGCUAUGUUAAAAAGUUUAAUGUGCAUGAUUUCUAUUGUGUUUUAGUACAGUAAGUAGGGUGGACGGCUUUGAACUUACGACUUUCUAGUCCACAUAGGUGUUUUAAUCCGUUGAACUAUGCUCAGAUCAACAGUUGAAGGAGUGGUGAAGAAAUUUGGGGGCUUAGCAGAGAGCAUAGCAGAGAUUUUAGGGCAAAGUUUGGGCAUGAAAUCGAGUUACUUCGAAGAAAGCUGCAAGAGAGGAAGGAGCAGCUUUCGGCUGAACAGAUACCCACCUUGUCCCUUCGCCUCCAAAGUCUAUGGCCUCGUUCCUCACACAGACACCGAUUUUCUCACCAUUCUUUAUCAACCUCCUCAAAUCAACGCUCUUCACCUCAUGAAAGAUGGCAACUGGCUUGCCGUCAAGCCUAACCCACAAGCCUUGCUUGUCAAUAUCGGCGACUUACUUCAGGUUGUGAGCAACGAUGUGUUCAAGAGCCUGAAGCACAGAGUGAUAGCUUCAGAAGCAGUUGAAAGAUUUUCGUUUGCAUAUUUCUACUGCCCAUCUGAUGAUGUGAUGAUUGAGAGCUGCACGAAACCAAGCAUCUACAGGCAGUUCAGCUACAAAGAGUAUAGACAACAAAUAGAGAAAGAUGUAGAGAAAACAGGCGACAAAGUAGGCCUUCCAAGGUUUCUCUUGCACAACAUCAUGCAUGUUUCUAAUCAAUAUCUGAUGUCCACUAAUUCUAGGGACUCCUAGCUAGGCUUUAUGAGACAAAAUCAAGUAAGUAGGAGGCUUUAUUUGGGUGUGGUUUGUGUAUUUUUAGACGUUUUCGUAAUUCGUUAUAGAAUAUAUAAGUACUUAAAA